AAUUCCAAAAACCUCUUUAAUGAUUCAUGCAAGGAUUAUAUGGGCAUCUCCUCUAAUAUUCUGAGCAACUCUAACUAAUGAAAGCACAUAUAUAGAAGUGUGGGCCCAAACACAGAAAUUCAGAGUGCUUCCGAACAUACUACGUAGCUGCAGAGCCUCUUUCAUUGGGUGAAAGUAAUGAAAGAUUGCCCAACCACUCCUUGAGCUAAAAACAUUUCUCUUUUAAGAACAUGUAGGAACUUUCAAUCAGGAUUUACUUCCCCUCACCCUGCUCAUGGUUUUUCUGUGGCUUCUGCAUUAGUAGCACUCAGAUUUUGCAUCAAGUUUUUGUGGGUUUCUUUUCCAUUGAAAAACCUGAAGUUCGUGAGCAAUUGCAAAUAGAAGAAGCAAAUACUGAAUACACCAGAAGGUGCAUGAGCUGAGAAAAAUGGACACCCUGGCUCAGACUACGAAUAUUUCCAAGGUGGUGCUAGAUGGCAACUUCACCAACAGCUCCUCCAACUGCAAAACUGACAGCUUCAAACAAGUGAUUUAUCCCAUCAUGUAUCUCUUCAUCUUCUUCCUGGGUGCUGUAGGAAACAGUCUCUCCAUUUACGUUUUCUUCCAGAUUUCACAAAGGACCUCGGUAACUAUUUACAUGCAGAACUUAGCCAUUUCAGACCUCAUGUUUGUGAGCACUUUGCCAUUUCGGGCCACAUAUUUCCUCUUGGGAUCCCGUUGGGUAUUUGGUGAUAUAGUCUGCAGGAUCAUGACUUACAYCUUGUAUGUGAACAUGUACUGCAGCAUUUAUUUCCUCACCGUGCUCAGCGUGGUUCGUUUUGUAGCCAUCGUCCAUCCGUUCAAGCAUGGAAAAAUGACCAAAAUGAAGUAUGCCAGGAUAAUCUGUGCGGCCAUUUGGAUUCUCRUGCUGGCAGCUGCCAGCCCUCUCUUGGACAAGGGAGUUGCUGGCUACAGCAACCCAGUCAAAUGCUUGGACCUGCACCCCUCCAGCACGCACAGGCUCCUCGUGAUGAACAGCUUUGUCCUGGUCGUGGGCUUCAUCCUGCCCUUCUGCACAAUUGUCUGCUGCUAUGUGUUUGCCAUCAAGGCACUGCUCAAGUCGAGGACCCCGCAGAGCAGGAGGGCAGUCUGUCACAAGAAGGCACUGUUAACCAUUGUCAUCACUCUCAUCCUCUCCCUCCUCUGUUUCCUGCCCUAUCACAUCCUGCGGACUGUCCACCUGAUGUACGGUGGCUGCAGCCAGGCCAGCYUGCACAAAGCCCUGGUGGUCACUCUCUGCCUUGCUGCCAUGAACAGCUGCCUGGAUCCCAUCCUCUAUUACUUUGCAGCUGAAGAUUUCAAAGUAAAAAUCAGAAAUAUGUGCUACAAGUAGCUGGUGCAGAAUUGCAGAACAAUAAAAAUAUGGUCCUGAUGGGGAAUCUAGACUGGGCUCGUAUUAUUCAAUGACAGAGGCUGUGCUGCUGGCCAGCCUGCAGCUGUGCUGCUCAAAGUCAGACAUCUCUGGAGCAAAAGCUCUGGGAGAGAGCUCAUUGUGAUUGACCAAAACUGAGUCAGGAUGAUCAGAGGUCAGGUGGCUGGGUACRAUCCCUGGUUGUCUUCUGUUUAGCAGUGUAGAGAUACCUUUGUUGUUCACCCUCCCCAGGACAAGGGAUUGAAAGGGAUUUACUUCACUAUUGGAGUCMUUUAAUUUCAUUUCACAGUACUCAGUGACUUGAAAGGAAGCUGCUCACCUGACCACUUCAGUACUUGUGCCUAAACCUCUCAACGCUCCAUUUCUCUGCAUGCACAGGAGAUCAGACAGUGUGAUUCCCUAUGGAUUCAUAGUGCCCUGUCAGUUCCCCUUGCAAACACUGGCAAAGGGGUUGCACAUUAAAGAAAUGUAAAGCAUCACUGAUGCUUUCAGCUGAGUCUGACUUAAACAGCAGGAAGAGAGGCCAACAGGACCCACCUCUAGCUCAAGCUGCUCAGAAGUCACUAACAUUUAUGAAUUUUCCACUCUGAGCCAGCCCCCAAGGUAUUUUGCUUAACAUUUCAUGGGUUGUCAAGUGAGAGAAUGAUUUCAAGCAAGUAGCAUCAUCGUGGAGUGUUGUGAGUAAGAUGACUGCUGGCAGUGAUGGGAGGAUGCGGGCGCCCGGAGCACUGGGCUGCAUCCUGCAGCCYUUCAUGUGGUGGCAAUUCCUUCAAGGUCACUUUGUUUUCAUGCCCAGUGUUGCCAGUGCUUUUCUGAAAGCUGAGGCUAAGCCAUUCCAUUCCCACGCAGGGAUCCAAACACAAACUUUAAAAAUUAUUUUGGUCCUAGCAGGUAUGUAGGGGGCCUUUUCCUCUGUGCAGGUACAUCAGUCUGACAACAAACUGCUGCCAAAGGCAUCCCCAAUCCCUGAUCUCCUGUCUGCUGUGAGGAGUAAACUGAUCACUUUUUUCACAGGAUUAACUUCCAGAUAGUUUGAAUUUCCUUACAUCAAACAUAACAAAUGCAACAGGGAAGCACUAAUCCAGGCACAGGAGGGAAGAUGGGCAACGAAGAAGGUGGAGGAGAGUGUUUUAGAAAAACAGUGGGAAGCUACUCCUAUAUGUACUUUGGAAAACUUCAUCAAACGGUUGUACGUAUUUUAAGUCUCUGCAUAUUUUCUAAAAUACGUUUUCUAAAAAUCAGACCUAAGUGAAAACAGGCUCCAAACUCAGUUCGACCAUAUUUAGAUUUUGGUUUUAAUUACCUCAUCUUUUACUAAAAACAGACAAGAAGUUUAGUCAUAUUUUCCAAGAAAGCAGCCAGUCUUACAUGAAAACUAACAAAAAUGCGAAAAGCCUUCCCUCACUGUGAAAUUCAACCAAAGGAAGGCUCCUGCCUGUGAAGAUACUUUCGAAUGCUCUGAACUUUUUACGGAGAAAGGAAUUCUUAAGCAGCAUGUUAUUGCUCCCAAACAAAAAUAACAGCAGUAAGCUAUUUUCAGCUYUGUCUGAAAUAUGCAGAAAAUAAAUCAUUGCUGGUCAGGUGAAAAAGUACUUGGCAAAUCACUGGGAAAGGCACAUUUUUUUUCUUAGUUAUCUAAGGGUUAUGCUCAAUCUAUUUCAGUCACUUGAUGCUGCCUUUGAUGUAAGCACAGAGUUUUAUCCUAAGUCUUCAUUAAAGUUCAAGCUCCAGCUCCUUAUUUCAGUGCAGCAGCAUACCUGAGA